CAGCGGAGGCGGCGGCGGAGACGCGGGGAUGGCGGUCGCCGGCGGCGAGGCUCGGUUCGCCGGGCUGUCGCUGGUGCAGCUCCAUGAGCUGCUGGAGGACGAGGGGCAGCUGACGGAGAUGGUGCAGAAGAUGGAGGAGACGCAGACUCUUCAGCUUAACAAAGAAAUGACACUUGCCAGCAACCGGAGCCUGGCAGAGGGAAACCUUUUAUAUCAGCCCCAACUGGACACUCGGAAAGCACACCUAACCCAAAAGUACCAGGAGCUCCAGGUUCUCUUUGAAGCCUAUCAGAUAAAGAAGACCAAAUUAGAUAAACAGUCUAACAGUGCUUCCUUGGAGACCCUGUUAGCGCUUCUUCAAGCAGAAGGGGCCAAGAUUGAGGAAGACACCGAGAACAUGGCAGAGAAGUUUCUGGAUGGAGAGCUUCCUCUAGAUGCCUUCAUUGAUGUCUACCAGAGCAAGCGGAAAUUGGCCCACAUGCGACGAGUGAAGGUUGAGAAGCUGCAGGAGCUGGUGCUAAAGGGCCAGAGACUCCCACAGGUCGCGGCCCCACUGCCGCCCAGGAUUCCUGAGCCUGUGCCUGCUGCCUCUCUGCCCUACCCAGUCCUGGAGGCCAGUGGGCCCCCCUCUGUUGUGCCUCGGCGCAUCCCCCCGCCCCCGCCCCUGGUGCCUGCUGGACGUUUAGCCACCCCAUUUACUGCUGCCAUGGGCUCAGGACAGGCCAUUCCGUACCCAGGAUUACAGUGCCCACCCCUGCCCCCUCGGGUGGGCCUUCCUCCUCAGCAAGGAUUCUCUGCGCAGUUCGUGUCUCCGUACCCUCCAGCUCUCCCCCAGAGACCCCCGCCCCGGCUGCCUCCUCACCAGCCAGGCUUCAUCCUGCAGUGAGCACUAGAGCUGUCCUUCUGGGAGACGCCCUCUGCCUGCCUUGCCAGGUUCUGCACACAGAGGCUCUGAGCUCUGACUGUUGGGCCAAGGGCUUGGGAACCCUGGGCCAGUGUCCCAUCUGGCUUUAGAACUGUAGGCCAGUGGUUUAGGAGUAGAGGCCCAGGUUUUGUGCACCCAGGCAGUGUGUACUCGAGGGCGUGGCCCGGCAGGCCUGUGCAACUUGCCUGUGCGUCCUGGGUGUGGUGUUCAAGUACCGUAGUGUUGAUGAACUUGUGCAUUUGGGAAGGAAAAAGCCUCUCUUCAACUCCCAUUUCAAGUCUUGGUCCUGAUGUUGCAGCCCUAUUUAAUAAGCAUGGCUAAUUAUGUCUGUUAUUUUCAGAAGACAGUGCUGUGUCUCGCUCCACUAGCUGCUGUGGCCCUGGAAAAAGACAGGUCUGUGUCAGCCAGCCCAGCGGUCAUGCCCAUGGCUGGCCACAAGGCACAGCUGCGCUGUCCGCUGAGUCUGUCUGGGGCUGUCAUCACCGUCACCCCUUCUCCCCCACAAACCUGGCUGCUUCUCAUGCUUCAGAGCCAUGGGCAGUGCUUGUACUUGGCUCACUCCUGUUCCAAGGCCCGGGGUGGAGUGGCCCCGGGUGUGAGUGCGUGAGCUGGACUUUGCACAACACGCUGUUCCCAGCUCUUCGCUUUUGCCCCGAGCUAGCCCCUGAAGGUUUCUGUGAAGAAAUACUCCCCUGGUAUUUUUACUAUAUGUGUAAUUUACCUGUUUUAUAUUGGGAAAGAACUUUUUUGAAACAAGAUAUUCAGGGAAACUUUUAAAAUGCAAAUAUUGUUUUGAAUAGAUCAAAAUGCAAAUGAAGUAAAUGCAAUUUCUUUUCCUGAAAACAGUACACGGUCACACCUACAGGUGUCCGUGCUGUGCCUUAGCUUCACCUGGUGCCAGGACUCAGACACCUGCAAGGUGCCGGCCAUGGCUGCCCUGUGGGCCCAUGGGCCAGGCCAGGCCCCAGCAGCCCUGUAUUCCUGUAAGGGCUUGUUUGUGACAGGUGGGAAGAAAGUCUGGCCACUGUCAACCAGGAUAUUCUCAGCCAGUAUUCUCUGCUUCUGGCUGGCAGGCAGCUGGGCCUCAAGGCAGGUGGGCCCAGGGCCUGGUGGUGCUGCAGGUGCUGGGCAAGGGCACUGGAGGGAUUUGGAGAAAGCCCACUCCCAUGGGAUAUGCAUCAUACACCAUCUCUUCCUUGCUCUCUGGGAUCUUGUCUACAGGUGCCACAUUUGCAGAAUUCCCAGGGCCCAGCUGGGGAGGGAUAGCAUCUCACAGAGACCUGUGUGCUCAUUGGAACUUAGAGCCCCACCCUUACCCUGUCACCUAUGUUAGGCAGCCAGGGCCUGACCUGUUGCAGUGGGCCAUAGGCAGGGCCACCAGCCUUUGUCCUCAGUUACCAUACUCUCCUCUUGGACUUGAACUCUACUGUAUUAUAACUGUCCAGUAAAGAGAGAGAGCUGUGUAGGAUGAUUCACUGCCAUGCCAAUCAGGAGGGCUCGCCAUGUUCUGUGAAUCUUGGGUGAGUGCUGCCAUCGUCCUCCCCUGAAUACCUCUGCUGCUGGCCUCACUGGGAGUGGCCACAGCUUGGCUGUGGGCUCCAGCCAGACAUGAACUCUGUGUGGGUGUUGUGAGGGGGCUGCCAGGCUGGCUUUGCCAUUGCUGUCUGGGGCCUCGUCUGUUACUGGUUGUAAAAAUGUAGGACCCUUUUUAAUAAAUUGAGAAUGAUGAA